GAUGAGACUCCUUCUGCUUUAACUUUGGCCCAGAAAGUACAAAGUUUUUCAACCACACCCAUUGUCGGUCGCUGGUGUCCGAGAGCAACGGAACAAGAGAUCCGCCAGAAGAUCAUGGAUCUCCAACUGCUAAUGAUGUCACAGGGGCAGAGUGAAGAUCACAACACCCACAGGCUGGCAGAGCUCACUCAAAACCUGCAGAUUGUGAAAAAGCAGUCAUGGGAGUGGAGGAGGGAAGAGUCGAAGAAGAUAAGGGGCAAAACACAGAUUCAGCAAAGUGGUCGGAGCCCAAAUGGCAGCAGGCCCAGCAGUGAUUACAGAGAGAGCACUGACGCAAUACAGUAUUUGCAGGACCAGCUGAAAGUAGAAAUGGAAGAGCAUAUCAGAGAGGGGAGAGGGGAUGCAGAGAUUGUCCAGGAGAGAGUAGCAAGAAUCCAGGAGCUGAAGGAGGCUCUGAGAGAGGAGACACUGAGAAACAGCAAAGAUAAAUCUGACCUCUGUCAACAGUUUAAUGAUCAUUCUCAGAUGGAGUACAAUAAAGCAAAGGAGCGAAGGAGGCAACAGAAGGAGGAUCACGGGAGAUUAAUCCAUGAGGAGGUGGAGAAGAUGGAGAGAGACUUGGCAAAGGAAGAGCUACCGCCAGAAGGACCCCAGAGGGAGCUGCUGGUGCUGACCAGAGAGAGGCGGGUCCUGGUUCUGCAGAUGGAGGCCUUACGCAUGGAGGCCCUGCAGGCUGAGACAGAUCUGCAGGAUCAGUAUCACAGGCACCAAAAGGAGCUGAGUUGUCUGAGGGAGGAGAGUCUACAGGUGUUCAGAGUGUUUCGUCAGGUAAAUGAGGAGCACAGGAAGAUGUCGGAGAGCAGAUACAGAUGUUUGCUGCUGGAGGCUGUGCAGGACGCCGUCUACCUCUCUGCCCAGAACCAGCAGCUGCAGACUGACAACAAACAGCUCCACAAAGCACUGGGAGAGUUAAAGGACGCUCUAGCAGUGAGAGUUGACUCGACAGCUGAACAGCAGCUCUCUCAAUAACAGGCCAAAUUUGAUGUUUUAGUACUGCUAUAAUGACCAAACAGCAUACAAAAAAACAGAUUCUACAGGUUUAAGUGUGAUCUUACCCUUAAUUAAUGUUACUGGUAAAAUAUUGCACCAGGUGUGGGGGCUGUUCUGAUAAUUUAUCCUGAUUAUCAGGUGUUGUUACACUUUUUUUUGCUUGCUUGUUGUGGUUAUAGUGAUGGUGCAUAUAUAGGUUUACAAAUAAUUGCAUCACCAGUUUAUCCACCUCGAACAAAGGGAAUUCCACCCAAAGACCAGGUUUGCCUGGACAUCCAUUCAUUGAAGCUCUUCCCCCACACCCAGUAGAGUGGCUAAAAUCAGGACUGAUGUCACUACACCAGGUUUAUUGAGCAUUACAUACACAUGCUGUAUGAGUUCAACUCAUUGACAGCUUGCUAAUACAUAUAUGGCCAACUUUCAGUCACAUCAUUCCAA